UUUGACAGAAUAAAGACAAAGAAUCCACUAUCCAGCAUUAUGCAAGGAGAAUCAAGCUGUUUCUUGUUAUAUAAUGCUAAAUGGAAGCAUGGAAUGUGACAAUUAUAUCCUAUGUCCUCUGUUAAAACCAGGAAGUCAAUUUGAUGCAUAACAUUUUAAAAUUAUCCGGUUGACAGCAGAUAACAUGUAGAUGGCACCUAAGCUGUAAUUAUCUCAAAGUCUAAAAAUAGCAUAGGUUAGAAUAGCAUAGAAUUUGUGUCCUUUCUAAGAAAUACGCUGUGUCAUCGCCGAAGCGGAUAUUAUUGAAGGGAGGCGAAGACUGGUCCUCUUCCGGUGACAGGACAGAGCUGGUGUCAGGUGUAUUGAAACAAUGAACCGGAAAAAAUGCGGCCCUUUCGAAACAGUAAGCGGAGAUAUAGCGGAAAUUUAAAUUCAAAAAUGUUUAGGUCAAAGCACCAUGAAAAUUAAGAUGUAUUGAAAUUAUGAAACGGAAAGAAUGCGUCGCUUCUGAAACAGUAAUAGGAGAUACAGAGGAAAUUUAAAUUAAAAAAUGCUUCGAUCAAUGCACCAAGAAAAUUGAUUGCACCAUGAAACUGAUGGACCAAAGAAAGUUAAAUAAGCAUAAUAAACGCUUUACUCAUCAGCAAAAAUUUGCUUGCUCAUCAGCUGAAUGGUACAGGAAAAGAAGACCCUUGUGAUUGGAAAAUACAAUUUAAAUAUCUUCUGACGCAUGUAAAAUUUCAUUCAUAAAUUUGUGGCAUAAUCUGUAGACAGUUUUGGUGGCAACUGAUAACUUCAAAUUAGAUAUAAAAUACCAUUUUAAGAUGCUUUAGUAAGUUUCAUGAAAUUAUUGUAAUGAAGCAGUACGUUAAACCAUUUUCACAUUAAAGCAAUUUGAGAUGAAAUUUAUGCUCGUUUAUAACAGAGAAACUCUAUGUCAGCGAGAUGUAUAGUGGGGCGUCUCCUCUGCAGCAAUAUUUCAGCUCAUAUUUACUGAUGUACACAAGCGAGAAACCGUAUACCUGCGAGACAUGUUCUAACUCAUUUUUUUUUAAAUGAGUACUUUUAGGAAGCAUUUGCUAACGCAUAUGGGAGUGAAACCAUAUCGCUGCAAAAUACGUUUCCUCGAAUGGCCGACUUAACGAAUCAUUUGCAGAUACAAACGAAACAGAAACCAUAUACUUGCGAGAUUUGCAACAAAGCGUUUUCUCUGAAGGUAAAUUUAAAGAAACAUUUACAAAUACAUACAGGAGAGAAACCAUAUGUCUGUGGUAUUUGCAGUAAAGCGUUUUCUCAGAAUGUUAAUUUAAAGAGACAUUUACUGAUACACACAAGAGAGAAACUCUAUGUUUGUGAUAUAUGCAAUAACGCAUUUUCGCGAAAGGUGGACUUAACGAAACAUUUACUAAUACAUAGGAAAGAAAAAACAUAUCCUUGCGAGAUUUGCAAUAAAGCGUUUUCUCUGUGUGGAAAUUUAAGGAAACAUUUACUAAUACAUACAGGAGAGAAACCAUUUGCAUGUGAUAUUUGCAAUAAAGCGUUUUCUCAGAAGGUUAAUUUAGAGGCACAUUUACUAACACAUACGAGAGAGAAACCGUAUGUUUGUGAUUUAUGCAAUAACACGUUUUCGCGAAAGACCGACUUAAAGAGACAUUUACUAACACAUACAGGAGAGAAACCGUAUCCUUGCGAGAUUUGCAACAAAGCGUUUUCUGUGUGUAAAAAUUUAAAGAAACAUUUAUUAAUACAUACGGGAGAGAAACCACAUGUCUGUAGCAUUUGCAGUAAAGCGUUUUCUCAGAAGGUUAAUUUAAAGCGACAUUUACUGAUACAUACGCGAGAUUAACCGUAUGUUUGUGAAAUAUGCAAUAACGCGUUUUCUCCAAAAGCCGAUUUAAAGAAGCAUUUACUGAUUCAUACGAAAUGGUAAUCGGCGAGCAUUUACUGAUUCAUACGAAAUGGAAAUCGGCGAGAUUUGCAAUAACGCAUUUUCUAUAAGAGGAAAUUUAAAGGCACAUUUACUAAUACAUAAAGGGAGAGAAACCGUAUGUUUGUAAUUUAUGCUAUAAAGAAGCAUUUAUUGACUCAUGCGAAAGCAAAAUCUGGUGCUUGUGAUUUAUGAAAUAACGUGUAUUCUCUAUAGGAAAGUUGGAAAAAAAACAUUUAUUGACUCAUGCGGAUUAAAACCCUUUUGUUGGUGAUGGGUGUUAUAUGUCAUUUUCUGAUCGAGGCAAUUUAAACAAACAUACACUGGCACAUACGAACGAGAAAUCGUAGUGUUACAAGGCAUUUUAUUAUCAGAAAAUUUUAAGGAGACAUUUACUAUAAAAUAGAAGAAACAGAUAGACUUUAAAUUUAUCUCUUCGUUGUUUUUAUUACAGGUUUUUCUCUCUCACACAGAAAGUAUAAUUUUUUAAAUGCUAUAAGGUAUCUUGGACCGAUUUUUUUCUUCUUAUUAUUCAUGUGGAAGAGAAAGUCAUGAGUCAACCUGAACAAUAAAGUAUUUUUUGAGCAAAGGGAUUAAGCUGAAAAAUCAAGUAAAAAUAAUCAUGCUUCUACGAUUUAUGUAAUACAUAAUAUGUUCAUCAUGCUUCAGUGACUUGCUUACUAAAAUAUUUUCUUAAAAACCUGUUUAA